AUGCCAGGCUCCAAUAAACGGUGGGAUGACGAGGACGAAGAUUCCUCUAGCUCCGCCCCGUCGUCCCCGCCGCCAGCCGCACUUGUCGUUCGACGCGGCAAGUUCGAUGAUGAAGAGGCCGAGGAUAGUGACGUCCUAGAUUCGUGGGAUGCCGCCGAGGAUUCUGAAGUCGAGCGCGAGAAGGCCAAGAAGGCCGCCGAGGUAAAGGCCAAGGCCGAAGCCGAGGCCGCUGCGAACAAGAAGUCCAAGGCACAGCGCGUCGCCGAACGUCAAGCUGCGCGUGCCCGCGAACUUGCCGAGGCCGAUGGGGACUCUAGCGAGGAUGAGACCGAGGCGGACCGCCGCGAGCGUAUGCGACGUAGCGAACAAGACGCUGACCUCCACCACGCCGAGGACCUGUUCGGUGCUCUCGCCGUGAGCAACCGGAAGACGACUGUCGGCACGGCCGUCGUGGUUGACGCCCAGGACCCCAACAGGACUGUUAACCUGGCUGAUAUGUCUCUGUUCCACCCGACGACGAAGGUUCAGUUCGAGCAGUUGCGCACAACCAUUUCACCCCUCAUCACCGCCAACGCAAAGAAGGCCCACUACACUCUCUUCCUCCAGGAGUUCGCGAAGCAGCUGGCUAAGGAGCUCCCAAGCGACCAAAUCAAGAAGAUUUCCAGCGCCCUGACCACCCUGAGCAACGAGAAGAUGAAGGAGGAGAAGGCUGCCGAGAAGGGUGGCAAGAAGUCCAAGGCCUCCAAGAACAAGACCACUCUCGUUGGAGUCACCCGGGGACCGGUUGCCGACAUGAACUCGUACGAUGACGCGUUCGGUGACGAUGAUUUCAUGUGA